AUGGUAAAUGUUAAUCAGAUUAAAGUCAAUAAGUCUUAUCCAAAAAAGAAAGGAAAUAUUAAUGGUAAUUAUAUUUCAAAUAAGUUUUUAUUGUAAAUAUGAGAUUUGGAGUGAGGGAUCUAUUGGUUAUACUUAUUAUGUAUUAUUUUUCUACUUCUGUAUUUGAGCAACUUUUCUAUCUGAAAUCUUACUCCAACAAAAAAAAAAAAAAAAGACUUGCAUUAUGGGUCUAGUUGAUGCAUUGAAAGAGAUGUUUUUUGAUUUUAAUGGGGUUUUUAUAAUAAUUGAGAGAAAGCAAAUAAAUAUCUUUAUGUGUUUUAUUUUCUACUAGAAAUAUUGAUUGGGCCAAAAACUGACAAGAAAUAUAUAUUUUUUAAAAUUUUUAACAGAUUUUAAUCUGGUUAAUGUGUAUGAAAGUUCUUUUUUUGUUUUGUGUAGUUUUCUUGAUUAAUUGAACAAAACUGUGGGGGAGGAGGAAUUCUGCCUUGGGUAAAAUGCAAAGAAAAUUACUUAAAAUACACUUGUACUGUUAUGGACCUUCAUUACAAGGACAUAGUUGACGUUUAUUUUGUUGUGUCAAGCUUAUAGAAAUAUCAAAUUUUUCAUAAAUUAGAUUACAUUAGAAAAUAAUUUUACUAAUUCUAUAUCACAGUUUUCUCAAAUACCUUUAAUGUUUUUUUGAACAGUGAAUGUAGUUUCUUAGUCAAAAAUUAUUUUUGAAGAAAUUUACUAAGGGGAAAACUAAUGACCAAUAUUUUUACUAAUAUAGAUAAAGUGGUUUGAAAAUGGAAUUGUUUUAUUGUAAUUAUAAGUGGAUUUAUAGUUGAGGAAACUGCAUCUAUCUAAUUUGAAAUAGAAUCCAAAGCAUGUAAAAUAGCUGGCUGGAGUUCCUCAAACAAUAUUACUGCAUCCUGACGGUCAACCCAUUGAAUGGCACUUAAUGUUUUUAGCUCUUGUUUCUAGAAAAUUAGCUUCUAUUGAUAUUUUCAAAAUAUUUUGCCCUUUUGGAUAUCCGAAAAAUUUAAGCACAUUUUGUAUAGUGCCUAUACAUUUUCUAAACAACAGAACUUUGCAAAUAAAAGUUACAGUCAAAUUUAUACAGUGGGCACUACAAUGCAAGUAUAAUGUUUCUGGAUAUUUAUCAAUAAUAUAUUUUUGGAUGUCAUUAUACUUGCCACUCAUGACUGCUGCGCUGUCAUAUCCUUGACCAGUUAAAUAUUGUAAGUUGAGUUCUAAACCAGUCAUAGAUUUUAGAAUUAUAUCAGACAGUCCUUUACCAGACAUAUGAACUUUGCAAGAAGUUACUGCAAGAAGUCUUCUUGAAUUUUUUUUCACACACAUCUACAUAACAAACUUAAUAACAUUUGUUCUUUAUUUGAGAUGUAGGUUGUUUCAUCUGCCAAUAUAGUGAAUGCUUUAGUAUUAUUCAUUUUGUUUACUGAUUACUUAAGAAUUAAUUUGGUAUACAUUAAUAUAAUUUCGUUUUAAAUCAUUGGAUUUAAAUAUGUUGCCUUUUUUGGCAAAAGUUACAACUCUAAGUGUAUUGUCGGUAGAAUCAAUUCUAAAUCAAAUUUACUCCCUAAAAUUCCCUUGAUUGUGAGCACUACAUUCUUUUUCCGCUUACAGAAAGUACUCCUGAAUCCCUAUGGUCUCUUAGUGAAAUACUUUGCUAUCCACAAAAUAAAACACUUAAUAAUUGGAUGAGAGUGAGUCCUAUUUUCUUCAAUUUAUUUUUUUAAUACUUCAUUUAUUUGUGUACAUACCGAAUUGACUUUUUUAUUUUGAUGAUCCUUAAAUAAAUCUUUAGCUUUCUUUCAAUUGUCAUAUUUUUCUACUACUAAUUUUAGUUUGAUAAGUACCUUUUCUUAAGCAGUCUGAAAGUGAGAACAAAACAAAGGUAUAGCAGAAGGCACCAUUAUACAUUUUAAAAUAACAGAGUCAUGGAAAUUUGUGUGUCCAAGCUAUUUGAAAUUUCAAGUUCCUUUUCCCACCUUUAAGGAAUUUAUUAUUAGAUUCAGGAACCCAUAAAUUUCCCAAAACAUCUUUUUUUUCAUUAUCAGACAACUACAAAUGUACAUUUAACUAUUAAUUAAUAUAUAUGGAUUUAUAUGUAUUAAGUAUUUAUACAAUAAAACUAUGUAGUAAUGUGUAGGUAUUUACACAGUGUCACUGCCAUAGAUAGAGCUAUUAUUAUAUACACACUACACUGAACUGGACUUAUUUAUUAUUUGUGUAAACUGUUAAGUAUAAUAACACUUUAUUAUUUUUUCAAACUUAGUAUUUUUUUUUUUAAUUUUGAAGAAACUUCUGGAUAUUGUCCGUGAUUUCACAGAGGUCUCAUUUACGACCACUUUUUUUCUUAAUAUUUAUAAAUGAUCUUCCUCUUAUUUUAGAUAACUUAAUGAACAUUUUAAUAUUUGCGGAUAAUGUUAAAAUUUAUUGUUUAACUAAAUCUUCCAAAGAUUUAAAUUUGUUACUAUCUAAUUUAAAUAAUCUGGUAUUAUGGAUUAAAUGUAACUGUUUAUCUUAAGGUAUGAUUAAUGUAAAAUUAUAAUUUUUUUUUUACUUUUUCUAGUAAUAAAUUCUUUUGAACAUAAUUAUCUAAUUAAUAACUAUCUUCUUAAAAAAUAUUAUUCAAUUACUAAUUGUGGUAUUUGUUUUGAAUUUUAUUUGUCCUUCAAAUUAAAUCAUUUAAUGGUUAUCCAUCAUCACCUAAGAUGUUAGACUUUACAAGCAAAAAUAGUGAGAACCCUAAAAAUUCUUUCUGUUUAAAAAAUUAGUAUAGUUCUUUAGUUAGAUCAUAUUUAAAAUUUGAAUCAUUUAUUUUAUUUUAUUAUUUAACUUAUAUUAAUGAUCUUGAUAAUGUUCAUUAUACAUUUUUGAAAAGAAUUGCAGGUGUAACUCAUUACUCUAUCUCUAUUUCUUCCAUUUGGUUCACAAUUCUAUAAUUAUUGAUUUCCAUACCAUUAGGUGUGAUUUAAUCAUAGAUAAUAUAGAUUGAAUAUGCCAUGUUGCCUUAUCACACAUUCUCAAAGAUUCUGUUCUAAGGUGCCUUUUUUUAUUCCAUGAUACCAACAAAUGUAUUGACAGUUAUAUUACUCAUUACUGACUUUUUUUAAAAAAAAAAUUUUAAAUAAUAUAACAUAAUUAAUAUAAACAAAAUAAUAAUUAUAAUAUUUUCACAUCAGUGAUGAUGACAAAAAUUAUUAAGAUAAUCUUAGUUAAUCUAACUAUAGGCAUGGCCUGUCCAUUCUUUAUUAUCUAUAGAUUUAAUAGAUAUAAUGUUUAUUUAUGAAAUUUUAAAUGACUUCAUCAAUUACCCAGACUUUUUAAAUUUAUUUUGAUUUAAAAUCCCCAUUAGAAUUAGAUGCAAUUCUGGUUUGUUUACAUUGCUAAAUUUAAAACCAAUUAGCAAAUAUUCAUUUUUUUUUUUAUAAGCUCUUAAAUGCAAAUAAAAUCUCCAUUGUUUUAAAUUUUUUUAAAUUUAAUAAUGUUAUAUUUUUAAUGAUAAAGCAUUGUUUUUGGAAAAUUGAAUCUUAAUUAUUACUAUUUGUUGAACUCCCCUCAGAAUCAUUUUUUCAGGCAUCACUUCAUUAGGCCAUAUUAGGCUGACUAAGUGGUGUACAUAUUUAACCAAAUCAUCAUUCAUUAUUUUCAAUAACUCCAGUUAUUAUUUUCUCACCAGGGACCUUAUAAUUUUUUAAACUUUUUAUUUGUCUCUUAAUUUCAUCAAUUGUUGGUUCUGAAAGUUCUACCAUGUUAGGUUUUUUCUACUCAAAAAGGAAAGGGUUUUGGUUCCCUAAAAUUCAGCAGUCAAUUGAAUUAAACUGCCCAAGCAUAAGUUAUGUCCUCUAUUCAUUAUAAUAGUUCAAUUUUCCUUUCUUAAGAACUUCUUGUUUAAUUUAAAAUCCUUGCUAAAGCAUUUACCUUUUUAUAAAGAUUUUUUGAUUUGUGUUUUUUAUAUUCAAGUUCAGCAACUCCUACUAUCCCUUGUAUAUACUUAUUUUUCUCACAUCUUAUACUUGACUCUCUUUGUUUCCUUUUGUAUUGGUAUGUUUUUCUUCAAUGUGUGUAUCAUUUAACCAGUCUUCUCUAGCCAGUUUUCACCAAUCCAAUGCUUCCUCACAUACCCUGUUGAUCCAGGGACUCUUUAUUCGUUGUUGUACUCGUUAUAUUUUCUGCUGCUUUUUGAAUUAUGUUCUUUACUCCUGUCCAUGAGGUUAUAUUUUCCAUUUCUAAAGAUCCUUUCUCCACCCAUUGUAUUUUCUGUAAAGCUAAUGUACUCAAGUUAAAUCUUUUAUCUUUUCUUACUAAGGUAAGAACUGCUCCUAGUCUAUAUAGUGUGCGUACAUUCCAAGUACCAAAAUAUAAGGCCGAGUUCCGUUUUUCUAGUCUAAAAUCCAUUACUCUACAAAUCGGAGACAAUUCAUUCAGUUCUUGAACAUAGAUUCUUUUACAAGAUCUGGUUGUUAGUCUGGAGGACCAGAUCACAGUGACCAUUUCAGGUCAGAGUGAUGAUAUUGCAAUGCACCUUAAAGUGCAUUGGACAAUGGGGACGCCACUUUCCCAGCACCACCAUAUUAUAUAUGAUGUUUUUAAUAUUUUAAUUAAUAAUUUAACAAAAUUAGUUUUGUAUAAUUAUACAAAUAUUUGUUUACAGGUGUAAAUAAACCAAAAUGUCCAUAUUCUAAUCACAAAAAUUAUAUUUCAGAAACUCCAAAACCAGUUACAAUUGGAGAGGUCACUAUUUUUAAUUUUGGACAAGUGAGUUUAGCAUGCAAUACAAAUGAAUUCAAUAUGUUUAAGCUAAUAUUAGUUGUUAAUUUAAUGUUUUUUUAAUCUCAUUUUUGUACUAUGUCUUUCAAGAAGGAUUUUUGUGUAUCAUUCAGAUUAAAUUUGAGUAUUUUUUAAAGUUAUAUGCUUAAGAGGAUGUAUACUCACAUCAGUCAUAUACCCACUGUAUCAGUCCAACUACCAAGUAACAUGCCAAAAUAAUGCUUACGCAGAAUUUGUAAAAGUACAUAUUAUGAAAUUUUUAGAGAAUAGUAUUUUGGAGAAAAUAUUAUACGGUUUUUUUAUUAUUCAAAAUUUACAGCUUGGUAUAAAAGAUAUAAAAAUUAUUNAAAUCAAAAUUAAGAUAGUUUUACUUAUUCUGGUUCAGCAUUAUUUUUGUUUGUUACCCAGUAGUUGGACUGAGACAAUAAAUGCAGGUUUAACGUCCUCUUAAAUUUGGAUUAAGUAUCUUAGAUAAAUGGCUUGUGCAUCAAUAUUAAAAUAAUAAACUGUUAUAUUAAUUUGAAUUAAUUUUUCUUAUUUUUGGUCUGCAUUAAAAUGGAUAUUAUUAAUGGUAAGAAUUGUAUAUACAUUAUAAGCUUAACAUUACAAUAUAUUAGCGGACAGUUUUUAGUUAUCCCAACUUAUUAUUAUAUAAAAUAUUUUGGUUUUUUAUUUUGACUAACUGAUUGUGUGACCUCACCAUGUUAAAAUCAUUGUAAAAAUAAAAUAAAAUUUUAAUGUAAAGUCAAUUAAUACAAUUAUAUAAUUUACCUAUUUAUACCUUAAUCUACAAUUUAAAACCUACUGUAUUCAUACAAUUAAAUUCUUAUACUAAACAAGAAAACAAUGAACUUUCUGUUUGGUAUAACUAAUAAUAAUAUACCUUAGUUUAUAUUUUUAAUGACAAUUAAAAAAAGGUCUAAUUUACUUGAUUUUUAUAGUACACUCGUGUAUAAUUAUAUUUUAGAUGCUAAACAUUGUUUAAAUGAAUGUAUUUUGUUUUCUAGAUUGUGUAUGAUACACCUUUUUACUAUUCAGACUGUGCCAUUUAUUCAGUUGGUUACUAUGCUACCAGAACUUAUGCUCAUUUUAGAAAUAUAUAUUCCAAAUGUACUUACCAUUGUAAAGUAAUGAAAUCUGGUUCUUCUCCAAGGUCAAAAAAAAAUAUAUUAUUGUUUUUUCUUUUUAACUUUAUUUAAUUUAUUAAUAAUUUAUUUUAUAUUUAGAUUUGAGAUCAUGGACCAUGAUAAACAUUUUAAAGUUACUGGUUUAAGUACUGAUGAAUGUCAUAAUCAUUUAUUAUCACUAAUUAAUAAAAUGCUGGGUAAUGAUGAUCUAAUGUUUGCAACUAACAACGGUGAUCGAUUUUUUGGAUUAUCCUUGCCUUUGGUACGUCAUAAACUUCAAGAAAAUCCAGAAUCAAAAUUUUGCACAGGAUACAUUCCACAAUUACAGGUGCCUAUAUCAUUAUGCUAGUUUAACUUAGAAUAUACACAUUUACUAUCAAUCUGUUAUUAUUUUUUUUUUUUUUUUAAUUAAUAACUUAAAUCACUAUUUAUUUAUUCUUUUUCUUCAAAACUACCUUUAAAUCAAUUUUUGUUCUCUUUUAGGUUGAUAUUGAAGAAGAAAUAGUUGCUGAGAAUGACCCUUCUGUGAGCUUUGAAGGUCUACACUCUUGGUUAAAAAACUAUCAAACUUUUUACUAGGAAUUUGGAAAAACUUAAAUACAAUAUUUUAAACUAAUACCAUAAAUUCAAAAAUUAAAUAUGGUUAUCUAUAAAAAAAAAAUUGUAUUAUUAAAUUAAUCAACUAUAAUUUUAUUAAAUUGUAUUGAUUUCAACAUUUGUAUUGCUCUAUAUAUAUACCUAUAUUUAAUAUAAAUUAAAUACUUACAUAAAUGAUAAUUCAGUCAUAAAUUUAAUAUAAUAUGGUAUGCUAAAUUUAAUUAAUUUGAUACUUUGAUUGUAGUAAUAAUUUAUACAAAUGUCUCCAUUAUUUAUAUUUACAACUUUAAAUUUGUCAUAUAAUUAUUUGUAUUUUUUGUUUUGAAGAAAUAUUUAUUUUAACUAGAAACAAUAGUUCUGGUUGUUUUAAGCUUCAUAGUAAACAUUAUUUUAUUAAAAUAAACUAUUGCCUAUUCAAUCUUACAAUUUUUUUUACAUCAAGCCAUCAGUUCCAGGACUGUAUAACAAACUUUUAUGAUGAUAAAUGUACAAUAAAUUAUACAAAUAUACACUCUAAUUAUGUGUAAAUAAUUGUUUUAAUUAGAUACCUGCAUAUUGUAUUACCACUACCUAAUAUAAUAUUUUAUUACAAAAAAUAUUUUAAAUUUGUAAAAACUUCAUGGUCAAGGGUAUGAUGGGGCUGCCAACAUAAAUGGUGUAUAUUCAAGAGCCCAGGUUAGGUUAAAAUCUAAACAAAAAUUGGCAACAUAUAUCCAUCCAGCUUCACAUAAUUUGUACUUGGUUCUAAAGGAUGCAAUGAAUUCAUCAACAGAAGUAAAUACUUUCUUUGGACUUGUGGAAAAAAUGUAAACAUAUAUUUUCAAAUAGUAUUAAACAUUGGCAAUUACUUUUAUCUUUAGUUAUCAGAUAUUUCAAUUACAUUAAAAAUAUUAUGUACCACUCCUUAGUCAUAAAGGUAUGGUUCUUUAAUAGCUAUUCAACAUCCUUAAGUUGAUAUUUUUAAAUGUUUAUAGCAAAUAAUUCUUAGAAUCAAAAAUAAAGACGAAAUAUUUAAAGUAAAUUAUUUAAAAGUUCAUAUGGAAGUUUUUCUACUUAUAAACAAAGUAGUUUUCAUUUACAAAAUUCUGGAAACUGUAAAUUUUGUGUUAAAAGUUCUUCAGUCUUCUUAUCCAGAACUGAGUACAACAGGUUCUUUAAAAUGA